AGCCAUUUUGGUUCAAACCAUAUUGGCUCCAGCCUUGCCAGCUCCGGGUCGCUGGGCUGGAGGCUGGCCCCUCGCCUCCGCGCCGUCCUCUCCGUCUUUCCUCCUCGCUGUCUUGUUGUCGCCCCUCUCCGCGUGCAGCGCGUGCGGCCAUGGCUUGCAGCCGCGCGCCUGGGCCGUGGUGCGUGCAGUUGCCAGCCGCGGCCGCCAUGGUGGCCCUGUGCACCGCGGGCACGCGGCUGCUGCGCUAUCUCUGGACAUACCCUGCGCUGAUGGUGCCUCUGGCCGACUCGACGGCCGAGUCCGUGUCCGUCGGAGUGUUUGUGCAAAUGGCCGAUCUCGGAUCGUGGCCAGAGUUGCGGUCGUGUCUGUCGAACGUGGCGAGGGCACAUGGCAGAGUCGAUGUGUACGUGUCGUCUGUCGAGGGGGUCUUCCACGACAGUUCGGUGCGAGACGAUGUCCAACAAAUGAUUUCUCGUAUGAGCGUAUCGAUAGAUCUGCGCAUGUCAACAGUGCCAAACGUUGGAGAAGACAUGGGCUCAUUUAUACAUCAGCUCCACAUGGCAGAGCGCGAAGGAAAGCGUUAUGAAACGAUAUUGAAGGUGCAUUCAUUUUCUAAUCACGGGGCUGCGUUGCGUGAUCUUGGUCUUCAAUCUCUUUGUGGAUCCAGGUGGCAAGUCGGCGCAAUCGCAACUAAUUUCAUGGAGUGGGCCGACGUGGAUAUGAUUGUUCCAGCAGGUACCAUAUUUGACGCCGCCACACCCAUCAGGCGAAUCGCUUCUGUUAUUCGCGAUUUAUACUUUCGUUCGAAAGGUGUCAACGACACUGUUAAAAACGUGAUUGGACAAAACGAGGAAAACCUCAAAACACUAUUUCAGAAAGUGGCUCCUGAUCUUACGGGUGCUGCAGCCGCAAAUCAUCUCGCAGCUGUUGUAGUUGGACGCAUGUUUUGGGUGCGCCAUGCUGCGCUGCGGCCGCAGGCUUUAGUUGCUGUGCGUGAAGAAAUCCUAGCCGGAAUGUCACAUGGAGUUUCGCCAGAUGGACGAAUGGAGCACGCUUUGGAUAGGUUUUUCCCUUCCAGCAUUUUGGCACGUGGGCGAACAGUAUCGCAAAUGCCACCAGCGCCCAAAGUCAUGGCAAUCUAUUUCCCACAGUAUCAUACAUUCGAGGAGAACGACCGCUUUUGGGGUCGUGGUUUCACAGAGUGGACAUUGCUGAAGCCUUUCGAAGGGAAAGGGAUCCGCAAGCCGUUGAGUGUGGAGCAAGGCGGUCUUGGGUUUUAUGAUCUGACGAGCAGGGAUGUUCGCAAACAGCAAGCGCAGCUUGCGAUGGACCAUGGUGUACACGGGUUUUUGUUUUACCACUAUUGGUUUACAGGCAAAGGUGUGAAAAAACCAAUGGUGAUGGAGAAGAUACCGUCGUUGAUGCUUGAAGACGGCGAGCCCAACAUGCCGUACUUUUUCAAUUGGGCAAAUGAACCGUGGACAAGGCAGUGGAAUGGUCGUGCAAGUGCAGAAAAUCCACCACUUCUUGCCCAAGAAUACGGGGAUCAAAGUGAAUGGCAAAAUCAUUUUGAGUUUCUGUUGCCCUACUUCAAGCACGAACAGUACAUGAAAAUGAAUGGCAAACCAAUUUUCGCAAUCUACAGACCUGGUCUUAUCGCUGCCGAAGCAAAGCUUGGCCCCAUGCUGUCACUAUGGAGGCAACUGGCCCAACAACAUGGAUUUCCUGGCAUGUAUUUUGUAAACACUCACAGCGGGUUCUGGCAAGAGAUGGUUGGGCAGCCUCCAAUGUUCGAUGCUGCAUACCAUUUUCUCUCAACAUGUUGUUCCUCGGAAAAGGAAUACAAUAUCGCAACGGCUGCAGACCAAGGCCUGAACCACGAGCCGGUUCAAUUCUGGGGAGCUUUCACAGGCUUCAAUAACCGGGUAAGAGGCCCUGAUCAGCCCCUGGAGAAGCCAGUAACACCUCAUCAAUUCUACGCAGCAUUGGUACAUUCAUUCAGCGCUAUGGCUUCGGCGCCCCAGAGGCGGCUAGACCAGUUCUCCAAUAACAUAUUCGUUGUGGCCGCCUGGAACGAGUGGAAUGAGCAAAACGUGCUGGAGCCGGACACUGAGUACGGUUUUGGAUUUCUGAAGUCUUUGCAGAAGGCGUUGACACAUUUUCAUUCAUCGAGAUUUGUUAGCACUGGCGAUCUGUGAGCGAUUUUUCGUCAAACGAGCACGUGAGGCGUCUUUCGGCGUACGGCUACGCGUUCAGCGAGUUGCGACUUCGUGCCAUUCGGCAUGCGGCUUUGAGUGAGUGGGUGAGUGCGCGCUGAAAAGAGCCCCAACACGCCCAAGAGAGACCCAAGAGGGCCCAACACGGCCCGAAAGGGUCGUCCUGUGGGGCUCACGGAACCCCCCAAGACGGCCCAAGAGGCCCUCAGGUCUUUCGCCAGGCCAAUUGGGACAAUUCAGAGCGUCGAGCUGUAUGAGCAGCUCCAUGUGCGACAGCGUCGGCCUUUCCCCUCCAAAGGGAGCGAGUCGCUGUUGCGCGCCAUUGCUGGCCUAUUUACCCAGCCUUAUUUUACCCAGGCCUAUUCUACCCCGGCCUAUUUGGACCUUAUAGUCGCGAGGUUCUGCCAUGUUCGCCCUGGCAGUCAGGCUCUAGUAAUUGCCACGCUGUCGUCGAGCGCACAAAAAAACCGGAGGCAAUGCUACACAGCGUGGACCCCACGCAUCGAUCUGCUGCAAUC